AUGAAGGAGACUGGCAUGGAGGAUAACGAGAACUCUCGGGGUGAGGAGGAGCAGCUCCAAGAAGAAGGAUCACCCACGGGCUCCUCCGGGUCGUCAGAUUCGUCUAGCCUCCGCAACAUUGUUACGACUGGGAUAGAUCAUCCAGGGAAACAUGAUGUUAUGUUUGGCCGAGGCGGGGACACAAACUACCACAUUGGAAACCACGGCUUUCGAACGAUGGCGGACCAAUACGUCGAAAGCUACCGUGAGGCAUCGAGGAAGGACAAAGCCGUUAUAGUGCAGCAGCUUGUUGACAGCUGGAGAGAUCAGACCCCUCCCGGGCGCUUCCUGGCAAAGAGCGAUCCGGGAAAGGGUGAGAAUAGCCAAUGGCAUGAUGUCGGCACUGAAAUGGCGAUCAAGAAGGCAUCAAAGAUCCUAACGGAAAUAGCAUCCACAACGGCCAAGGGGAGUAGGAAGCGCCAGGCAAGAGUUGAUAGUGCUAGUAGCCCAGAUAUCGAUGAUUACUCGUCGAGACAACGCACCCAACAACAGCAGCCGCAACUAAAGUCACCGCCGCCAGAGCAGCAGUACACGUAUCAACAAGUUGCCUCUCACCAACCUUACCCUCCGGUGGCAUCCUUGCCGCGGGCUCAGCUUCCUGCGGCUUCAUUGCCACAGGCUCAGUUCCAGAUGCCGCCUCCCAUGGCUGGAUUUCCAAUGGGAGGUAGCGGUCCAUUAUCAGUCGAUCCGCAGAUGCCUGCGGGUGCGUACAUGGGCAGAGUGACACGGCCUAGGGCCUACGCUACCCAACAGCAGAUUCCCAUGCCCCAACAGCAAGUGGCCUCGCACCACCCCCUACAACCACCCCAACUGCCAUCCCAACUGCCGUGGCAGCCCACUGCAACUCCACUGCCUCAUAUAGGUACGGGCUUGCACCUUGGUGGCGUUCCGGAUGCUCCUUCACCUGAAGCCGGAGAUUCCCCAGACCGUCGAGGCAACUUGAAAGAGGAUGAUAGCCCUCCCGCCGAAGCCAAGUCCGAGUUGCAAGGCAGCGAUGAAAGCCCACCGAUUGACGCGGCAGCGGCGGCGGUCGCGCCAACUGCAGCAUCGCUGUCUGGUGUCUUCAACAGUAGCUCUGGCAGCGAGGAGAAGCAGAAUGGUGACAGCUCUAGUAGCAGUGAGAGGCACGUCGGGAAUGGUUCCUCCCCGGACUCCAAAAUAUUAUGA